GCCGUCUAUGGCUCUAUGCUUCCUUUUCUAGGCAGGGACCGCAAGCGGUUGCAUCUAACUACCGCGGGGCGCGGGCCAACCAACUUUGCUUCACCUCCCCGCAUCUUCCCCUCACUCAUCGCCCUCUCUUCCUCCUGUCCGCUCGUCGUCGUCUCUCCUGGAUCAAUGGACGUGCUGCCUGCGGAGCUGUGCUUCAAGAUCUUCCACCUCCUCGAUCACCAGGCCCUCGCCGCCGCUCCCCAAGUCUGCAGGAAGUGGAACGCGCUGACCUGCGACGACGAGCUGUGGCGCAGGCUCUUCGAGGGCCGAUGGGGAGCCGACGCCGCGGCCUUCUACGCGCCGGCGCCGGAGGGCUCCAAGCCCUGGAAGGACGUCUUCGUCGUGCAGGACCGAUGCGACCGAUACGGACUGGGCGUCAGGAUCAUCAGGGAAGGCAACGACUACUACCUCAUCUACCAGGGCGAGAUCCAGAGCUACCUGGGCACCAGCUCCGACUCCGGUGCCAAGGACGCAGCGCAGCAGCCGCAGGGCGGCGAGGCCGAGAAGAAGAGGCAGAUAUCUGACCGGAUCCUCUUCUUCCUUGGGGACCUGGAGACCGCCUACGCGGAUGCCAAACGUGUCAAGGCGUGACCUGCGGCGAAUGUGCCUGUAUAAUUCCUGUUCUUGUUUCGCAUAUCUCGUGCAUAAUAGGGCUGUAUCUAUCCACAUAAUAGGGCUGUAUCUAUCCACGUACAAUCCUCGUCUCCUGUAUUCUUCAUUUGCAAAUAACAAUUCAGAUAUUUGCCUGUAAUAGAUCUUCUCGCACUUUCACUGUA